UUCCUCAGAACCGUGUCCAGCUGGCCUGGAGGAGAGCGAUCAGUCCUCGAUGUCUGGAGAGCAAGGAAUGAACUUAGAUAAUUCCGGCCCGAAACUUUCAGAUUUUGCAAGUAGGCCACCAGGUUAUCCAUCUCAGCCGGUGGAGCAGAGACCACUUCAGCAGAUGCCACCUCAGCUCAUGCCACACGCGCAGCAGCCACAGCCGCAGCCCCCGCCACAGCAAACCCCAGGACCACCGCCAGCCCCGCAGCAGCAGCAGCAGCAGAUGAUGAUGAUGCUUAUGAUGCAGCAGGAUCCCAAAUCGGUCAGGCUUCCUGUACCACAGGGAGUUCACCCACCCAGAGGGCCCCUGAAUCCGGAUGCUCAACGAAUGCCAAUGCAACAGAGUGGUAACAUGCCAGUCAUGGUUAACCUGCAAGGUCCUGGAUCAGUGCCCCCAUCUCCUGAUAAACAACGGAUUUCCUUGCCAGGCAAUCCUCCUCUGGGAAAUAAUGCAAGAAAAAUGGUUUAUCAAGAUAACGUACAGAAUCCUUCCAGCUCACCCCUCGGAGAGGUUUCAUCAGUAUCCUCCCUUCCAGACGGAGGUGGAGCUGAAGGCCCCCCAGCAUCAGGAGCUCAGAAUAAUUUGACAUCUCAUUUAGUAGUUUCACAGAACCAGUUAAUGAUGACAGGAUCCAAACCUGGACCAUCCCCACUUUCAGCUGCCCAAGGUGCAAGUCCCCAGCAGCAGUCUAAUUCUCUGCCUAGCGCCCUCACACACCAUUUUCCAAAUGUUGCCACCACAUCACAAACUUCAAGGCCUAAAACCCCAAACAGAGCAAGCCCAAGGCCGUACUAUCCUCAGACUCCUAAUAACCGUCCACCUAGCACAGAACCAUCAGAAAUUAGCUUGUCUCCAGAGAGACUCAAUGCUUCUAUAGCUGGGCUGUUCCCUCCCCAGAUAAAUAUUCCUUUACCGCCCAGGCCUAAUCUCAGUAGAGGAUUUGAUCAGCAGGGUCUUAAUCCCACUACUUUGAAGGCCAUUGGGCAAGCCCCAUCAAAUCUCACCAUUAGCAAUCAGUCGAGUUUUGCUGCUCCGCAGUCACACAAAUUGGAAGGUGUGGUCAUGAAUUCGGGAAAACAAACCAACACUGGAGGAACAAAGAGAGCAAGUCCAAGCAAUAGUCGAAGGUCCAGCCCUGGAUCCAGCAGGAAAACUACACCAAGCCCUGGCAGACAGAAUUCAAAAGCAGCUAAAUUAUCACUGACAACUCCGCAGAAUCCACCUCUCUUGCAGAACAUGGAAUUACAGAGAAAUAUGGUGGGUGGUCCCUCCUCUUUGCCAACACCUGCAACUACAAGUUUUCAAAAUAAUAACAUGCUGAGUAACCAGAAUCCUGCCAUUUCUGUACCUGCUAUGACUGGCAUUCCUGAAGACAAUAAAGAGACCCUUAGUGCGCCUCAGGAUACCGAGUGUCCAAGUGCACAAGGUGUCCAAGGUAACAAAGACCAGCCCAGUACUGAACAAAAGGGUCUCCCUGCUCCAGAAAUGAAAAUGUUGGUUCCAGAAGAACAGUCGAAAAAAGAUGGACAGGCGUUAGACACCAGUAAGCUUCCAGUCUUGGAGGAGAGUAAAGCCGUGGUAUCUCCAGCUCUGAGGGAGACACCAACUUCUUUAAGUCAACUUCUUGAUAAUUCUGGAGCUCCCAACGUAACCAUCAAGCCCCCUGGGCUGACUGGUCUUGAAAUGGCACCAAUAGUCACCACUGGUGAGGAGCUCAAGAAGAUCGCUGUCAUUCCUCCACUGCAAGAUUCAUCCUCGAGCAAAGAGCCAUCUAACCCACUUAGCUUGCCUCAAAAUAAUGAGCCCUGUUCAAAUCCGGGACAUCAGGAACUGGGAGAAAUAAACUCCAACGUCGCACAGAGCAUUCCUCCCAUAAUGCAAAGGCCUGUCAGCGCUUCUUCUAUUUCAGGUCCUUUACCUCCCAACCAGAUAACAGUUUUUGUCACUUCAAACCCUAUUACAUCUGCUAAUACGUCAGCACCGUUGCCAUCUCACUUGCAACCUGCGUUAGUGUCAACUGUUGUCACGAUGCCCAACGUAGGGAACAAGGUUAUGGUGUCUGAGGGGCAGUCGGCGGCUCAGUCUAACGCCCGGCCACAGUUCAUUACACCCGUUUUUAUAAACUCAUCAUCAAUAAUUCAGGUCAUGAAGGGCUCUCAGUCAAGCACGGUUCCAGCGGCCCCGAUGACUUCUAACUCCAGCCUCAUGCCUCAGUCGGUUGCAGUCGUUGGUCCUUUGCAUUUACCGCAGAACAUAAAGUUCUCCGGGACCGCUUCUCCCAGCACAUCAUCCAGCAGUCCUGUUUCCAGUAUUCCCACCAACAGGCCACUGGUUCUUAAUCCCUUGGCACCUCCAGUUCAGCUUCCUUCUCCCGCUACAACUUCUUCCAGUGUUCCUUCCCAUCUUCCUGCUCAGCAAAUCAAAGACUUCAGCCCAGAGGAGACACCUCAGAGUGCUGGGUCAAGCGAGCAGUGCUCUGUCCCCACAAUGCAGUCUGGACCUGUUGUUUCACCUCUUCUCACGAGUAGUCCAGGGUCUGGGAACAGACGCAGUCCCGUUUCGUCAAGUAAGGGAAAGGGAAAAGUCGACAAGAUUGGCCAACUCUUGCUGACUAAAGCAUGUAAGAAAGUCACUGGCUCCCUUGAGAAAGGGGAAGAGCAGUAUGCUGUGGAUGGAGAAGCUGAAGGUCAGGGACUAGAGGCAUCAGUCCCAAACAGUUUGGGAACAGAGCAAUCACCAGCAGAGCUCAAUAACAAAACCGUGACGCCUCCAGCACCCAGCCUUACGAAACAGAGCACUUCUGGGCCUGGCAAUCCAAGCGUCAGCACCGUGGCCGCUGCUCCCACCUCCGCGUCCCCAGGCGCACCGACAAGCACUCCUCCUCCCAGCGUGCUGCUGGCUGGCGGCGCUCCCGCAGCCCCAGACCUGGCCCCCACAGCGCCCAGCGCCAACGGCAGUAACCACAGCGGUUUGCCAGCUGAGCAAACCGGGGCUGGGAUGGCCGAGGAAAAAGCAGGGGCACAUCAGGAGCUGCUCCAAAGCACAGCAUCCUCUCAACAUCUAACGCAGAAAAAAAGUUCAGUCGUGACAUCAGAAAGUACUGUUCAAAGAACAGAACUUGAAACAAAUGCUCCAGUAGUUGCUGGUCAAAGUAAUGAGACAAAAGAGAAUUGUGAAAAGUCUAAAACUCCAAAUAGAAGAAAUUCAAGAACAGAGGAUUCUGCCACUUCACAGGACACUGUAGAGAACGGCCAGCGCAAGAGGUCCUCCAGACCAGCGUCCACCUCCAGCACGGCAAAAGAAACGAGUGCCAGUGCAAUGCAGUCAAAAAGAAGAAAAUCCAAGUAAAUUACUGCAUGGAAACAUGAAACUUGUAAAUGAGAGUGAAUUUACCGAUAGCAAUUUUGAGCUGUGAUUUUUCUUUUUUAAAUAAGAUUCUGUACAGUAAGUAAUUUUAAUAUUAUAGUGUUCCCAACAAAUGAUUUUUUUUCUAAAAGACAGAUAAAUAGAUAUAAAAACUGGGGUCUUCUAAAACCCCCUGGAUUUACGAUGUGAAGUUCAGGGUUAGCACAUUAGCUCAACGUGUUUGUAUGAGAUGGAAGGGGAGGGGAAGACAACUGUAAAUUUAUUUCCACUUUUCAUAAACAAAUUAGAAUACAGGGUUGUCAUUUUUAG